GGAUGCAUAUCUUGGAAUCUAACUUUAGUUUACACAAACAAAUGAAUGCACUGGCUGAAUAACAGCUUGAUGCACUUUGCAUAAGACGUCAUGUUUAAUGAGACACCUUAUUAUCAGUUAAGGAGCUACCAUAAACAUACAACAAAUUAAUACAUUUAAUUAUGCUCAAAGUAUAAUUUUAUAUAAAGAUGCCCUUAAGUGUCAUAUAACCAUCCAUGUGGAAACUAUGUUUUGACCUGCUGUAAUUAUGUGUUACGUGCAAUGGUUACAGUUGCAGUUGUGAAUUGAUACUUAAAAUGUUAAUGUUUUUAAUAUGCAGAAUAUGCAGAACACAAAGCGCACAAAGCGAGGGAGAAAACAAGUUGUUGAUGAAGCAGGUACUUCUCUCUCUGUGCCUCCCCCUGUCUCUGUGCCCCUACAAGUUGCGCCAACUGCAGUUGCAACAAUUGAAAACCUGAAAGAGGAAAAUAAACUUUUGAAAGAGGAGCGAGACUUCCUUCGGGAACAAUUAAAAUGUGCUCUUGAAAACAGACAACCAAGACAGAAAGAGAAGAUGCAAAAUGAUGCUUCUUCUGAGUCAGAAUCUGGAGAGAGUUCAACAUUCUCAGACACAUCGGAUUCAUCUGACAAGCAUCCAAAAAGAAAACAAAAGAGAAAGCACAAAGUCAGGGAGGAAAAACAUGCCACCAUUCGAAGAGUUCAAACACCUGAUGAUGUUUUGCAACGUUACAAGGCCAUUCUGAAAAGCUUCAUGAAGACCAGAAGCGUCUCCCACAGCUGCAAGCAACACAAUGUUGAUCGCAAUACCAUCGCACUUACAGCCAUUAUUGCAGAGUUGCAGAUUAUUGCUACUCCUGAACUCCACAUUCCUGAAUUUCAGGGUGGAACUCUACAGAAAUAUGCGAAGGAGUGCAAGGAAUAUGUGGAUACAAACCCAGAAGUCUUUAAUAAAAUCAAUGAAAUGAAACGUAAACGUGAACUCCUCCCAAUUAGGUACAAAUUUAGAAAGGAAGACAAUUAAUUGACCCAGUAGUAUAAUAAGCUGUUCCCAAAAUAACAUUUCUGCAUUUUUUAUGAUGGUUAAAUAGUAUUUUUGUUAAUAUCGUUGUUCUCAGGUUAAUGCUGUUAAUUGUUAAAAAAAAAAUCAGAAUGUUCAAUAUGUUGAAAAAAGUACAAAAAAACCUGUAUGUCAUUGCUGUUUCCAAAAUUCAGUGUUCAACAAAAUUCAACAAAAAAGACAAGAUCGUUAAGAAAUAAAUAAGUAAAUGUUUUUCUUCACUUC